AUGAAGUUGAAGAAGAUGAANGUAAUUUAUAAAUUCAUCACCAGAAUAGUUAAAUCAAAGAAGAAAUGGUAGUAUUGUACCAUUAGAUUAAUAAAAGUUUUACAGUGUCUCUAGAUCUUUUACAAUGCAAAGAGAAAAAAUUAAGUAAAAUUCUAUAAUAAAAACAUUAACAUUAUCUAAAAAUGAUGAAGAAGAAUUUGAUGAAAUUGUAUUUAAAAAACAAAUAAAUUCAGGAGUCAUUGCAAAAUAGGAUUAAACAAAUGAUAGUGAAAAGGAAACAUUUGAAAUUGGCAAUUGA